AUUUUCUCAUACUCACUCCCUAUCUCUAUACGAACUUCAAACGACAAAUGCGUGUACUUGAACAUACAAAUAAAUGCUGUGUAUAUACGUGAGCUACAAAUGUAUCAAUGCAGUAGAUGUGUAUAUACAAUACGAGGAUUUAACACUUAUAGAAUCUUUAAUUAAGGCAAUCGGCUUAAACAUCUCUCUCAGCAGUGAAACUUCACUGUAAGUUUAUUAAUUAAACAGGCCUAAUAAGUAAUCAUUCACAUUUCUCUUUAUAUUCUAUAAUUAAUUGCAGCUAUUUUGUGACAUGUAUUGGUGAAAGAAAGACUAAUAAGUACUAUUCAGAGGUUCAGUAAACUAUUAGAAUGAAUACAGUUAUAACAAAAUUGACACCUCGUUUGAGGAGGAAAAAGACAUCGGCUGCAAGUAAUAUGGAUACGGUCUGUAGUAGAAUAAUAGUAUUUUGUUGUAUAUAUCCUUAAUUGUGAAGUAUAUGUUUUGAUAUAUUUUGCUUAAAGAUAUCUAAUAAAAAUCAAUAAUUCAUAUAAAUCUUAUCAGGAAGUCGACCAACUGUAUAUAUACUUAUAUAUUUAUACAAAUUUAUAGUAUUUAAAGGGAAAAAUAUAUAACACACAAUUAUAUAUAUAUAUAUAUAUAUAUAUAUAUAUAUAUAUAUAUAUAUAUAUACAUUAUAUGUUAGUAUUUACGUUAAUAUUCAGAAUUUAUUUUAUUUGGUUAAAUUAAAAUACUCCUUUGUUCAGCAACCUACUAGCUUAGGCUGCUUUACCUUUCUAUAUUAUCAAUAUUAUUUUAUGUUAUAGAAAAUUUGAGAUAUACGUUGAUAGCAGACAGUAUAAUAAUUUGAUUUUGAUUGUGGUUCGUUGAUAUAUAUAUAUAUUUACGUAAAUUGAUAUUGAAAUGGGACAUAGGUCACUCUAGGUUAUGAUAUUAUAUUAAAAGGUUACUAUAUAAUUACAUACUCAACAUUAGAUUAAUUACUGCAUAAAAAACGACAAGAGCGAUAUUGAUGACAAUUUCGUUUAUCCAUUGGAAGAAAAUCGUAACAACGUUCUACAGAUUCCGACUUCGAACAGUGGAAACUCCUUAUCAGCAGCUGAACAAAGUGAAUCUAUGAUGAUACCUACAAACGAUAAUUCAGCUAUUCAAGUGGUACCCUCGUCCUCUCCCAUACCCCCUGCCCCAGCUGUAAGAAAAUCAGAUUCUGAUGAUGUCUUUGUUGGUGAAAAUGUUUGCGAAAGUCAUGAGCAUGGGGGGAAAAUGGCAUUAAACGAUGUGUUUGGUCUUGACGUUGAUUACAUGUUUGAGCUACUUUUUACAGAUUCACAGUUUUAUAGAGAUUUUUUAGCGUCUAGAAAGACAACUGAACUUAUACAGACGCCCUGGCCGGUGGAAUUUGACGAGGAUGGUUCUAAAUCAAGAUUAAUUACAUAUACACUAUCUCUCAAUUACAAGAUUGGACCUAAAUCUACAAAGACAACUGAAAAGCAAACGAUCCUUCCGGAAUCGAAGCCGGGUUCGCAUUAUAUUGUCGAUGCAGAAGUUCAUAAUUUGGAGGUUCCAUACGCUGACACUUUCUAUACGAUUACUAGAUUUUGCUUGCUCAAAGAAUCAAAUAACAAGACAAGACUAAAGGUGCAUUGUGAAGUAAAGUACAGAAAACAAGCAUGGGGACCAAUUAAGGUGGUUGUGGGUAAAUGUGCCCAACAGGGUUUGCCCGAAAAUUUUAAUCUUUUAGCCGUACAUUUAAGAAGAGAAGCUGAUAGGAAUCAUGGAUCGACGACGUCUAAUAAUAAUAAUAGCAUGAACAAUAGCACAAAGAAAAAAUUGAGAAAACGCCAUAAACAACAAAGCCAAUCAAUUGCUUCUAGCUUCGAACGACCUGCUCAUAUGGAUGCGUCAAGAUAUUCGAGUCAGCCUUUGGCAUUUUCUCUUAGUGCUAAUACUUUGGCUCUCUUCCUUUGCUUCAUAAUCAUCCUUCUGAUUUUCCUGAAUGUAUUCCUUUUCCUAAAGAUUAGUCAAUUGGAAAGUCAAACUUUACUUUUCUACAGGAAUAGCGAACCUAGUAUUAAAACUGACUGGCGCCAAUUGAUUGAUGAUGAAGAGAAUAUUUAUAAAACUCAAUCGGCAAAAUGGAAGAAAGUUUUGUCGUCAUCACUUUUAAUUUUAGAUCAAAUCAAAACGACUAUGCAAACUUUGUAUAAGCGUGUCGAAGAGAUUUGA